AAAAAAGAAGGGUUGGGUGUGUAUGGGGGCAGGGGAAUUUUGUCAUCUUACCUUGUGUCACUCUAGAAGUUUCUAAGUGCCGCGCACAUCUCCUCUUCGGGAAGAGCCGGGGAGCCAGGAGAGCCCUUAGCACUGAAUUUCGAGAAGCCCGCCCACGCGUCCUUGGAGGUGUUCUAGGAAGAGCCGAGGGCCGGGAACCCAGAGACGAUCUCAGGAGAGACCCGGGGGCGCCGUGAACUGCCUGUGGCCCCUCGGUCUGUGGCCGACGCACGCGUCCUGCCCGGGCUGUCUCCGAGAAGGCGUCGCCAGGGAGUGUGCGGGGCCGGCGGGUGGCCACGAUGUCCAGCCCCUUCCUGAAGCAGGUGUUCAACAAGGACAGGACCUUCCGGCCGAAGCGCAAGUUCGAGCCGGGCACCCAGCGCUUUGAGCUGCACAAGAAGGCGCAGGCGUCGCUGAACGCGGGGCUGGACCUGAAGCUGGCCGUGCAGCUGCCCCCCGGCGAGGAGCUCAACGACUGGGUGGCCGUGCACGUGGUGGACUUCUUCAACCGCGUCAACCUCAUCUACGGCACCAUCAGCGACGGCUGCACCGAGCAGUCCUGCCCGGUCAUGUCGGGCGGCCCCAAGUACGAGUACCGCUGGCAGGACGAGCAGAAGUUCCGCAAGCCCACCGCUCUGUCGGCCCCCAGGUACAUGGACCUGCUCAUGGACUGGAUCGAGGUGCAGAUCAACAACGAGGACGUCUUCCCCACCAACGUCGGCACGCCGUUCCCCAAGAACUUCCUGCAGGUGGUGAAGAAGAUCCUGUCGCGGCUGUUCCGCGUCUUCGUGCACGUCUACAUCCACCACUUCGACCGCAUCGCGCACAUGGGCUCCGAGGCGCACGUGAACACCUGCUACAAGCACUUCUACUACUUCGUGCGCGAGUUCGGCCUCAUCGACACCAAGGAGCUGGAGCCGCUGAAAGAAAUGACCGCACGGAUGUGCCACUGAGAGCCCCUCGGCCCCGCUGUCACCGAGGCAGUGCCAGGGGGCCACCCCGACUCGAGGGCCGCGUCUCGGGAACAUGGACCCGUGUGUUCUAGCCCAGCGUCAGGGUGCGCUCUGUGCCGUCGAUGUUCCACGGACGCCGGGGUCAAGUCCUCUCUCUGACUCCCGGGUGGCAGCCGUGGGACCCUGGCGCCCGGCCUCCCUGAGCUCUGUCUCCGUGGCUGUCCAGGAACAAGGGGACGCUGAACUUGAACUCUGAUCCUGUGUGCUGUGAGCAACAGGAAAACCACUCUGUGUGUAAACCACGUGCUGGCCCUGGGCGGCUGGAGCUCUGCCCCACCUCUCCCUGCCCCACCUCGGGGCGGCCCGGUGGCUGCCACGACCUCGGCCCCGAGGGCCUGUCGUGCUGGGCCUGGGAGGGGAGAGGCCGGGCCCGGGUCAGCGAGGCAGCGGGCCUGCGAGCCGCCGUCCCCCCCUUUGCUCCCCGGCAGCCCCGGGCCUGUUUCAUGAGAGGUACGCUGUGGCCCUGCCUCCUCCCCUCCCUCCUCUCUUCCUCCAAACCUUUGGCUCACCCGCCCCGGGUUUCCCCACGCCUGCACCCCGGGUUUCCUGUGGCCCCUUCGUGUAUCAUGAAAGAUCUCAUUUUUAUACAGUCUCACCAAGGACCGCCUUCAGAUAUUAAGAGAAUAAGUUUUUUACCUAUAAAUAGUGAGUCCCUCUAGAAAACUGUCCCCUUUCUGUUAUGAAUGACCCCGGAUGAAUCUCCCCGGGAACGCCGCGCCCCCGAGUUUGGGGUCUUUGACUUGUGCCUAAUAUGUAGCUGGACUCGGCCUUUCUUUUCUGCCUGCCUACUUUAUAUCAAAAGCCUUUGUGUGUGUGGCCCUCCCUGGUCACUGGACCAAAAUCCCAGCACUGUCCCCACUGUGCAACAUUGGGAAAUGUGGCCGGGGCUCCGCGUGGGCCACACCAAAGUAACCACAGGAAGCCGCCCUCUGCCCCUGUGUCCUGCCCGCACAGCAUCCUCAGAGGCCCUCUUGGUGGCAGCCCUUCCCUCCUGGACCACACUGACUCUGGGCGUCUGGGAUGCUCGCAGACGAGAGGGGCGCCGUCACCAACACCGACCAAGUGCAAUUAACGUGACCUCGGCCUCCGUCCUUCCAGAACCACUGGCGUCCAGCUCAGAGCCCUAGGGAGAUGGACCCUGUAGGACUUCCAAAAACCAUUGAUCGAAUGUAGCUCCUUUUAAAUGCAAAACCACGACCAAAGGCCAUAACCACUGUGUCCCCCAGGGUCACCUGCUGUUCCCGCAGCCCAGCCAGGUCGGGGAAGGUGGCCCGGACUGUGGGACAGGGAAGGCCCCCUGCCCACCCUCCUGUGCCCGUGGGUGUUCCCACAUGAACCUCAGAAUAAAUUGUGCCAUCUUUGUA